AGUUGUUAGAAGUAUCAUAAUACCACAAACAAUGUGUAAUUAUUACUCAAGUACAUAGUUAAAAUGCAACAAAGAAAAUGGUUUAGUUUUAUAUUUUAUCAUAGUUUUUUAAUUAAAAAACGUAGAUAACGAUAGAGAAUCGUUAUAGUUGACGAAAAUAAUUAAAUUGGAGUAGAUAUAAUUUAGUCAAUAAAUAUUAUUCUGUUAAUAUUCGACCAAGACAAAAUUAUUUUAGUACCAAUUUUUCAUGAACCUAGCAACAAUAAUUUUUAUUUAAAAUACAUGUAUGUAUACAUGCAUAAAUGAAGAUCAUGCAUAAGAAUUCUUUGUGCCAAGUGAUGCUGAAUCUUUUCGUGCCAAAACUUGCUCCUUAACCUUUUAAUUUUUUAUAAAGUUUUUUAUAAAACAUUGACAAAAUAAACAUGGAAACCAUGCAUCGUAUUAAAAUAAAAGAAAACCUUGAUAAACUUGCAAGUUUAAUUAAUAUGGAAAUUUUAAUGCCGAAACUGAUAGAAUUUGGAAUUUUUUUUAAAAAUUAUCCAGAAAUGUCUAAAUGGCAAAAUAAUUUGAAUAGUCAAAGAGUAAUAAAGAGUAUUUUAACCGAAAUACAAACCCGUGGUCCUGAUGCCUUCCAAAACUUAAUUCGUAGUUUAGAAGAUACUAAUCAAGUUAAUUGUGCUCAAAUAUUAGCCAGGACAACUUUAGAAUACGUUCCCUUCAAUGCUGUUCAACCUUUAAAAAUUAAAGUAAAAAAAUCCACAAGUUUUUAUGAUGAUCUUAAUAAUUUCGAUCAUAAAAAUCCUUUUGAUGCUUAUCCGAUGAAAAGUAAACCACGUGGAAUAGUGUUAAUUAUGUCGUUAUACAAUGUUAAUGAUAAUGAGACUAGUCAGAAGUCUGCUGAACAUGAUGAAAAAAAUCUGAAAGAUCUUUUUCAUCAAAUGGGUUUCAAAGUUAUUAUUGAAAAAAACUUGGAUGUUCAGGAAAUAAAGCAAAAAGCAAAAGAAUUUUCCAAAAGUUCUGAAUUACGUUUCGUGGACUGUGCUCUUUUUAUUGUCGUCGGGAAUAAUGUGCAAGAUACUAAUUAUGUUUCGAUGAGUCUUAAAAAUAUAAGAUGGAAAGAAGAUAGUAAAUCAACUGACAAUAUAGUUUAUGGUGAUCUCAUACAUUAUUUCAACGGUCAAAACUGUCCAAAUUUAUUGAAUAAACCUAAAAUAUUUAUAUUUCAUCUUGGCAGUUCAAUUCAUAUAAAUAAUACUGUUGUAACAGUUGAUAGAAAUGAUGAUACAAUACAUGAAUUCAAUUUACGAGACAUUUCGAAAAAAGAUGCAGGAAGGAAGCUACGAAAUUAUUCCGAUAUGUUGAUAUCUUUUUCAAUAAUGUACGAUAAUACACAUGGAAUAACAAAAAAUGGUUCUCUAUUCAUACAAGUUCUAUGUGAAGUUUUUAUGAAAUACGCACAUAAUACUCAUGUGCAAGACUUGUUUAAAGUGAUUAAUGAGCGUUCAAAAUCAUUAAGAACUGACAACCAGAAUGUUCCGUACUUUCUUAGUAACAUCGGCUUUCAACGCUGUUUCCUAAAUCCAGGAAAAUUUAGUUGAGAAAAUUGGCUUUUGUUGAAAUAUAAAAGUAUUUAAGGAAGCUCUAAUGUGCCACUUCAUGUAUCUAAUUAAUGAAUUUAAAAUCAUUCAAGAGACAAAUUUUUCGCGAUAUUUGUAUAAAAUAAAAUCACAAGCUAGAGAAGUGAAGUAAGUUUGCUAUAAUUGGCUGAAAUCAUGUGCAAUAUUGUCAACGUCUUAAAAGCAAGAGUAUUAAAUGCAUGGUUUGGGAUAGUUUAAUUUUCUACCCUGGUCAUGUAAUAUUUUUUUGAGAUUUUUGCUCUGAGCAUAACAAAUAGCAGUAUGUAAAAGAAAUCAAACUAUGAUGACUCCAUUAAGACUUUUAGUAAUUUAUAAAGAUUCAAAAGUAUGGAUUUCACUGUGUGUGGUCUAAAAAUGGUAUUUUUAGAUAAUUUAUGAAAUUUGUAAAAUAGGUUAUUUUAUAAUUACUUUUUAUACUUAUAUUUUAUUACGCUUAACUUUAUUUUAAAAAAAUUAUUUGAGACUUGUUUCCUAAAAACUCAUAUGAUAAUUUCUU